AUGUCGAAAGCAGCCGAUGAUAUCGUUCGUACGGAAGAAACACGACUUCAAUCGGAACCUAUUCUAGGUGGCAAAAAGCUCGAUCUUUUGCUACUCUAUAAAACCGUCAUGGACGCAGGCGGAUUCGAUCAGGUCACGAAAAGUCGUAGCUGGAAGCAAGUAGGCGAUAUAUUUCGAUUUCCUGCCACUUGUACCAAUAGCGCUUAUAUCCUCAAAGGACUCUAUAUUCGAAAUUUGUUGGGCUGGGAAGAAGAAAAAGUUUGGGGCAAAGAAUGGAUUGUCCCGGAUGAGUUACGUGGUCCAGAGGCACACAAAGCAUCCACACUUGCAGGGAAAUCAUACAAGAAACGUAGUCCCAAAUCUUCCAAAUCAGAAUCAUUUAAACAGAUGCCUGUGAUUGAAGCUUCCAGUACAUGCUCAAUUUCUGAACGUCAUCAUCAAAUCCCUCCCUCCGCUCACGAUCAUUCGAUUCAGGAUCGUGCAUGCUUAACAGCUCAACAGUUUAAUCAAGAUGCAAAACAACGUCUAUUGCAAGGAUUACAGUCGUCCAUCUCGGAACAGGUGGAAUGCGCGAUCAACGAAAUUGUCACCAUUUCCUUUGAAUGCCCCGAACAGCUGUGCUUGGAUCGCGAACCUACCUUGCUCAUGACCUUGCUGAAUAUCAUCGAACCAUCCCUACAAAAACGUGGCUAUACUGGCCCACCCCAGACACCCUCCCUGAAUGCAUGGCAAAACGGAGAUCAUGAUGAAAAUUCGACGGAUUUAGAGCGGAUCUUGAAAGUCCUACAUAUCUUGCGUAACUUUUCGUUUAUCGAUAUCAAUGCCCGCAUCCUCGCCCACGAUGCUCGUCUGAAACAGAUCCUCAUCAAAUGUCUCGUCCUCUCCUCCUCUUCUCAUUAUAAUCAUUGUAUCGACGUGCUUGAAAACAUUGCGAGGUACAUCGAACUCGGCCCUUUUGAUGCGUAUAUUGGAUGCAUGGCCAGCCUGGUAUUUGCCAAUGAACGCCACACGUUGUUGGGCGCCGUUCGUGUGUUGACACUUUUGGCGUGCAAUCAAGAGAAUCAGCCAUAUUUGAUUUCCGGCUCAACCCAUGUAGCUCCACGCAUUGCGCAGCUGCUGGUCGUCAACGACGAAGAAAUGAUUGGCGCCGCCCUGGAGUACCUUUAUCAGUACACCAAGAUCUCCGACACUUUUCGCCUCCAACUGCUCACCAUGAACGCCGGUGCCGAUAUUGCUAUUCUGGUGGCCUUUCUCAUGGCCAAAUCCAAAUUCUUUCAACCCCUCAUUCUUAAAGAUAACCAAGAAUUUGCACCCAGCCCGCCUCAACUCUCACCUAGCACCGGUUCCGUUUCGCCCAUUCAUGCCCACGGCACCGAUCCUUGUCUUUCCCACCUAGGUGCUUAUCAGCAAUUAGAUGAACCCUAUCGAUGUUUAGGAUGGUUGAAGGAUAAAUUUGAAUCGGCCAAUCCCUACAGCGUACUGUCACUGGAUGAUAUGUACUUGUUAUAUGAAAUGCGGUUUGGGCAUGAAAAGGCAUUGAAAAUGAAAGAUUUUUAUACCGUGCUCAAGAUUGCCUUUCCGCGAGCUUCAUCGUCAGCGCAUACUCCGCCAUAUAAUGCAGCUGGGCCUGUAUUGGAAGGGGCGUCUGUGCGAGGCAUCAAGAUCAAAAUGAAUAUAUUGCAAGAUGGUUCGGAGAUCCUGUGCCAAUGGACAAAUUGUUCGCAAACUUUCCACGAUGAAAUUUUGCUUCAGCGGCACGUCCUUCAGGACCACAUCGAAUCAUCCAAUAACGAGGCUUUUGGAUGCAUGUGGACCGAUUGCGACAACUCGUUCGAAGACAAGGAUGCGAUUGCGUCGCAUUUCCAUUCGCAUCUGGACGCAUACCCACAUACAUCGCGAUCCGCUUCCGUUUCCAGCAUUGACAAUGUCGAUACCUCGGAUGUGCAGGGAAUUGCACUCGUGGCAGCUCAUUUACUGCGCUUAUUAUCCAAAGAUCCGCAAAGCCAUAUUUAUUUCAUGCCGUAUGAACGUGAAUUAACGGUCAUUGCAGAGCAGAAACCGAAGCUACGACCUUACAUCCGAUCCAUGUUUUCCAGCUUUCGAGUUGCAUAA